UACACUCAACUCCUUAUAUAUGUAGUGAUGACAAGGCAUAACAGAGCAGCUUAUGUUUCAUUUGCUCUCUACAUGUAAUGUAACCUUUUCCAUUCAAUCUCUACAUUUUUUUCCCUCCUGCAUUCUUAAUUAACAAUUCCCAUUUCCAAAAUUGUAAUAUAUAUGUUCCUGAACUAACUUACUAAUUAGUGGACUGGUGAUGGAAUUUUCUUCAUUUUCAUUCCUUCAAAGUGUCCAAACGUGAAAAUUGAAGAGAAGAUAAUCAAAUAUAUGUUAUCUUUAUAUUUUAUAGAACAUAAUUGUUCAGUAUUCACUAGCUAGUUGUAUUGUUGAUCCAUCGUUUCUUUCAGAAACAUCCUCAUAAUAACUAUAAACUUUCCAAUUCCUGACUUCCUCUCUUCUCAAAGCAGCAUAGAAUAUAGAGAGUCGUAGAUUUAUAUCCCUCGAGCCUCUCAUUCUACCAACCAGCCCUUAGCAGCCCUAACCCUAAUAAUUACACCUAAAACCUACUAUAAACAUGUUCAAAGAAACGAACAAUCAAACCUAUUGUACAUUUAGUCAUCAUUCAUCAAGCCUUUUAAAGAACAUUGAACUCAAACAAUUCUAUCCCAUCGCCACCGUUUAACACCCUCUUUCAGUUUUUCCGCAAGCAUCAACCAUGAGCCACCAUUCCCAGAAGAAGGAACCAAGUGUUCCGUUUCUCUUCCCUAAAGCUCAAUAAGUCCUUCCUGAGCCUUCUCGCUUCUUUGCUCCUUCUCUCCUCUCUUCUCCAUUACCCACCAACUGUUUCUUUCAAAAUUUCACUCUCAGGAAUGGUGAUACUCCUGAAUAUGUACACCCAUAUCUCAUAAAAUCUUCACAAUCUUCCCUGUCUGUUUGCUACCCAUCUCUCGUCUACAAAUCUUCUUGCACUUACCAAGAAUUCGUCCCUGAUCUUACCAUCUCUACAUCAAAUAAAGGCACCACAGGAAAAGGCCAUGUCAUUUUUUCUUUUACGGGUCUAAGUAUUACUCUGGAUAUACCCUCUUCUAACUUGCGCUUCUAUCUUGUUCGAGGAAGCCCCUUUUUGACAUGUCGUAUACCUGUGAAAACUCCAAUAAGCAUAUCAAAAAACCAUGCUUUUCAAUCAUUCUCUUCAAAUACUUCACUUACGAAGCACACCAUCAAGUUAACCAACAAUCAGUUUUGGUUUAUAUAUUCUUCUUUGCCUAUGGAUUUAAGGAACAAAGGAAAUCUUCUCAUCUUAGGUGACUUUUCAGGUAAAGUUCGGAUAGCAAUUUCGCCAGAUUUUUACUCAGCAAAAUAUGAAGCAAUUCUUGAUCGGUUUCAGUCUGCUUAUGCGGUAUCAGGAGAUGCAGUUCUUACUAAACCAUUUUGUUUGUUGUGUAAAUGGGAAAAGGAAGGGUGUGGUCAAUUGUUGAUGCUUGCACAUCCUUUGCAUGUUAAACUUCUAUCUAGAGAUGAUUGUGAUAUCACUAUUUUAGAUGAUUUCAUAUAUAGAAGUAUUGAUGGUGACCUUGUUGGCGUUGUUGGAGAUGCAUGGGUCUUGAAACCAGACCCUAUCCCAGUAACAUGGCAUUCAGUUAAAGGCGUCCAAGAGGAUUCAGUAGCUGAAAUAGUAACUGCACUUUGCAGAGAUGUAGAGGGUUUAGAAUCAGUAGCCAUAGAGGAUUAUUCACCAUGUCAUUAUGGUAGAAUGAUUGCAAGAGCGGCAAGGUUAGCUGUGAUUGCUGAGGAAGUGCAUUCUCUUAGGAUACCUACUGUUACCAAGUUCUUGAAGGAUAAAAUCCAGCCAUGGUUAUAAGGGACUUUAGAUGGGAACGGUUUUGUGUACGAGGAUGAAUGGGGCGGAAUAGUCACAGACUCUAGUGUAGACUUUGGAUAUGGAGUUUACAUCAGUCAUCACUAUUAUCUGGGUUACUUUCUUUAUGCCAUUGCUGUAGUGGCAAAAGAUGACCCGGAAUGGGGGAAGAAAUAUAGGCCACAAGCUUUUUCAUUGAUGGCUAGUUUUAUGAACCUGGACAGAGGUUCAAAAGCAAAAUAUCCUCGUUUGAGAUCUUUUGAUCUUUUUAAAUUGCAUUCUUGGUCAGGAGGGCUAACAGAAUAUGCUAACGGGAGGCACCAUGAAAACACAGGUGAGGCAGACAAUGCAUUCUAUUCAGCUGCUUUGAUGGGGUUAGCCUACCAGGAUGGAUCAACACUAGCUGCAAUGGAGAUAAGAGCAGCAGAAACAUGGUGGCACGUGAAAGAUGGUGAUUACUAGUAUGGAAAAGAUUUCAAUAGAAAGAACAGGAUAAUGGGCGUUCUGUGGUCUAACAUGAGGGACAGCAAGCCAAUUUGGACUCCAGAGUGGAAAGAAGGUAGGCUGGGAAUUCAAUUGCUGCCCUUGGUUCCGAUUACUGACGUUUUAUUCUCUGAUGUUGCGUUUGUGAAAGAACUUGCGAAGUGGACAUUGGCUGAAGGAGAACAAGAAAAUUGGAGAGACUUUGUGUAUGCCCUGGAAGGGAUUUAUGACCAGGAAAGCGGGCUGAAGAAGAUAAGAAAGUUGAAAAGCCAUUGUCAAGGCAAUUCACUAACCAAUCUUUUAUGGUGGAUUCACAGUAGAGGUGAUGAUAGGGAAGAAGAUGUUUGGGUGAAAGAGGAAUGUGAGAGAAGUGGGAAUUUCUGCUGGCUUUGCCAAUACAGUGAUUGA